AUGGGCCGUGGCCGGGGCGUCAGCUACGGGGGCGGGCAGAGCUCGCUGAGCUACCUCUUCGGCGGCGGUGGCGACGAGCCCGCCGCGGCGCCCGCCAAGCCGGCCGCCGCGGCGGAGCAGAGGGCGCAGCAGCCUGCGCCUGCGGCGGCGGCGGCGCCGCCGGCGGCCGCAGACGGCGAGAAGCAGAAGGGGAUCCCGGCCGGCGUCCGCGGCAGCCAGACCAACAACUACUUCCGGGCGCAGGGGCAGAACUGCGGCAACUUCCUCACGGACCGCCCGUCGACCAAGGUGCACGCCGCGCCGGGCGGCGGGUCGUCGCUCGGCUACCUCUUCGGCGGCGGGCCCCCCGGUUUACGCUUGACUACUACAGGUGCAGAACAUCUUAUUUGCAUUUGUUCAUCACGCUUGAAUACUACAGGUGCCGAACCUGCCCCAAUGGAUGGACCAUCUCAGGUUCCAAAACUUUUUAUAUCCUUCCUAUUCUCUUGUGAAAUAAGAUGCCACACAGCACCUGCAAGCAGAAUUCUAUAUGGCCAACAGCACCUCACUACUGCACAGUCCAAAGUUUAG